GAAAUUAUGUUGGAUGCUCGGUCGUUCGGCUGAACGCUCGAGGCUUCGGUCGAAACAGCGGGGUUUGUCAGCAAAGAUUGCACCUGCUUCCACCGAGCUCGGCGGAACAACCAAUGCUCACGCCAACACAACCAACCAUUUCAUCAGCACCUGGAGAAUGUAUGAGCGCGGACGAUCAAAUUUCAAGCUGUGAUGUUCUCGUAUAAACAUGGGCCGUCGCUUCCACCGAACGUUCGACCGGACUAAAAGCCUACAUAAACAAGCUCCAGUCUCCUAGCAUUUCCUCGAACACAAUCAACCAUUAGUUACCAAACCUCGAGAACCGUCAUAUUACAUUAUCAUCAGAAUGGUCAAAAUCGCAUUCGCGGGUGGCUCGGGCAAUGUUGGCUCGGAGAUUAUUGAUGUCCUUGUUGCGACUCAGAAGCAUGAGAUUGUGCUAUUGUCACGAAAGGAAGCUCCUGUUGCCACUCAAGGCAUUACCUGGGUUCAGGUAGACUACCAGGAUCAAGCUCAAUUGACCAAAGCAUUGAACGGAGUACACACCGUUCUCUCAUUCAUUUCUGAACAGGAUGAUCCUUCUAGCCCCCUUCAGAAGAACCUGAUCAAUGCGGCAGUCCAAGCCGGAGUCAAGCGUUUUGCACCCAAUGAAUGGGCCUCGUCCGGUACUGACCAGAUGGGCUGGUAUGCCUACAAGGGCGAGAUACGUCGUUAUCUCCAGCAGCUGAACGAUAAAGAGAAGGUCCUGGAAUACACCCUUUUCCAGCCAGGCCUGUUCCUCAACUACUUGACAUACCCUUACAAGUCGACCAAACAUCUUCAGAAUACUGAAACUCCUUUCGAUUUCGAACAAUGUCGCCACCUCGUGGUCGAUGGAAGCAUCACCUUUACGACAGUCGAGGACCUUGCUCAGGUCGUUGCUCGAGCUCUGGAUUUUGAAAGCGAAUGGCCUGUUGUUGGUGGUAUCUCAGGCAACGAAUUGUCCAUGGAGGAGUUGGUCGCUCUCAGCGAGAAGAUCCGAGGUAAAUCCGCCAAGGUGGAGAAGAUUCCCGUAGAAGAGCUGAAGGAUGGGUCUUGGAAAAGCUCAUGGUCCCCAAAGAUCGAACAUCCCUCCAUUCCAGCAGAUCAGGUUGACCAACUGUCGAAGUUCAUGGUUGGCAGUAUCCUUCUAGGCGUUUCAGCCGGAGAGUUUGUUUGUUCGGACGAGUGGAACCAGUUGCUGCCGGAUCUCGAGUUCACUCAGGCAGAGGAGUACUUGACCAAAGCCUGGAAGGAUAAGCCCUGAGACAAGCGAGGCUUCGAUCUCCUCAGUAUUGC